AUGAUAAAAUAUGCCCUGUUUGAACCAGGUAAACAAGGAAUCAAAAUUAAUGAAUCUCAAACUGUCACAAAAGUAGGGAAUUCCUAUAUCUUUGAUUAUCCUUGCGAGGAUUCAUCGAACUGCACUGAUUAUGCCAUCGAUUUGCAUCCAGGCGCAUAUAUUUUUGAAUUGUAUGGAGCAUCUGGUGGAUCUACACCAGGGUAUGUAUCAACAUACCAUUUCCAGAACAAUUCCUGCUUGAGCGACACCAUUGUCCAGUUCUAUAAAGGUAAUACCAAAUGCCUUUCUAAUUAUAAUUUUGGCGGUGCUGGCGGCUAUGUUCAAGGCACCAUUUUCCUAAAAAGACACACAAAAAUAUAUGCAACAAUUGCUGGAAGCGGAAAGUAUGAAAUAAGAUCAAAUUGCGCUGGCUCGAUCGACUGUUUUCAGCCAGAAAACAUGGUCCGUGGCGGAUAUGGCGGAGGGAGAAGCUCCUCUGGCUUCAAAGACGGUUCCGCAAGCGGAGGUGGUGCAACAUCAGUUAAAUUUCUCGAGAAUACCCUCUACCACCGAGUUAUAGUCAGCGGUGGUGGUGGAGGUUCUGAUGAUUCUCAUUACGGUAUUGGUGAUGGAAGAGGCGGCUCUGGUGGCGGCCUUAUCGCGCAAGGUUGGUGGGAAGAUCAAAUUUACAAAGACAGUUUAGUCGCGAAUUCGACUUUUGGAUUCACCUUUGGCAGUGGAGAAGCUGCUCAUUUUGGAGAUUCGCUGAAUCAAAACAGUAUUAAAAGAAAUAGAAACUUGCAUGACUUGUCAGGCGGUGGAGGGGGCUGGUUUGGUGGUUUUUCAUCGAAUUACCAAAAUGCCGGCUCUGGAGGUGGACGUUCUUGGGCCUUAACAAGUGAUGCCAUAAUUCUACCUGGUAAUAUAGCGUCCCAUGAUGAGUUUUACUAG